GGCUGUCGAAGCGCCCCGCUCUCCUCGCAGGGCAAUCUGGGGGCUGAUGCUGCUCGUCUACACGCGCGAUCUCGUGUCAGCGGGGGCGGGUCUUGUUUUCUUCUCGUAGCCAGAGUGACGUGGAAGUGUUGAUUCGGAGUCAGACUAUUUCUGUGCUUCCUAUGGCUAAGCUGUGGGCUGGAGGAGAGGAUGCGGGACAAGUCGCGCUGCGUCUUCCCCGCGUUGUCUCCGGGAGCAUCUAUCCUACUUGGGGAAGUGUGCUGCGCCCGCCCUUUCCCUGGGAAGCCGAGGCGCGGCGCGGCGGAGGAGGCGGUCCGCCCAGAGUGCCAGCUGCGCCGAGUGUGGCAGCUUGGAGAAGGAUCAGUCCUUUUGCUUCCCUGCCCCGAAGCCCGUUUUAAGGCGUUUUUGGUGCUCUGGAGCAAAGCGGGAGUGUAUAUUUGACUGACUCUGAAUGGAUCCUGCCAUCAUUGCUCUGGGAAGCUUCUCAGUAUGGCUGUUGGCACUGCUGGCAGCCCUCACAAUAACUCUUCUUGGAGCAGCUUAUAAACUGGGACUGAUCUACACCUUCUGGCAUCCGGUAGACCCUAAAAGCCCUCGGCAUGGUGGGGAACGUGUGGCAGAAGUGCUGAAAGCUCAUGGUGUGCGCUACUUGUUCACAUUGGUGGGUGGGCACAUCUCACCCAUUUUGGUGGCCAGUGAAAAACUGGGCAUUCGUGUUGUGGACACAAGACAUGAGGCGACAGCUGUAUUUGCGGCAGAUGCAGUGGCCAGGCUCUCAGGGACAGUGGGAGUUGCUGCAGUGACAGCAGGACCCGGAGCGACAAACACUGUGACUGCUGUGAAAAAUGCUCAAAUGGCAGAGUCUCCUGUGUUGCUGAUUGCAGGGGCAGCAUCCACAUUGCAGAAGGGGCGAGGAGCUCUCCAGGAUAUUGACCAGUUGUUGCUUUUCAAACCACUCUGCAAAUUCUGUGCCUCUGUGAAGACUGUCCGAGAGAUUAUCCCUGUGCUGCAAAAGGCCAUUGCCAUUGCCCAGAGUGACACGCCAGGUCCUGUGUUUGUGGAAUUCCCCUUGGAUGUGCUCUACCCCUAUCAUCUGGUGGAGAGGGAGAUUAUAAAGCAGAAGACUUCCAAGGGCCUGGUGGGAAUGGUUGUGAACUGGUAUCUACAGAGCUAUAUGGGAAACCUGUUUGCUGGGGCAUGGGAAGUGCGAGAUCUUUCACCUCUACCAGUGAAGGUGCCACACGCCACAAAGCAACAGAUGCAACAGUGUGUGGAGCUCAUCAGCCGGGCCAAGAAGCCAGUCAUCCUUCUUGGCAGCCAAGUGACCCUGCCUCCAACAACUACAACGAUGCUCAGAGCUGCUUUAGAAGAACUGGGAAUUCCAUGCUUCUUGGGAGGCAUGGCCCGUGGCAUGCUGGGGAAGAAUAGCCUACUGCACAUCCGUCAGAACCGCCGCGAGGCACUCAAGGAGGCAGAUGUCGUUAUUCUGGCAGGCACAGUCUGUGAUUUCCGCCUGUCAUAUGGGCGUGUAUUGAGUAAGCGCAGCAAAAUCAUUGCCGUCAACAGGAAUCAGAAACAACUAUUGAAGAAUUCAGAUAUCUUUUGGAAACCUCACAUAGCUGUUAAGGGGGAUGCUGGCUCCUUCCUGGUGAACUUAAGCCAAGGGCUGAAGGGCUACUCCUGCCCCCAGGACUGGGUAGAGAGCUUGAGGAAGAUGGAUCACCUAAAAGAGAAAGCAAACGGUAAAAAGGCAGAAGAGCCAACAAUGCAGCACCUCAAUCCACUGAAGCUGUUGCACCAUGUGGAUCACUUGCUUCCUGAAGAAGCCCUGUUGGUUGCAGAUGGGGGUGACUUUGUGGGGAGCGCUGCUUAUAUUGUACAUCCCAGGGGGCCCCUAUCCUGGCUGGAUCCAGGGGCCUUUGGGACUUUGGGCGUUGGUGGAGGCUUUGCGCUGGGAGCCAAGCUCUGCAGGCCGGAUUCUGAGGUCUGGAUCCUUUAUGGAGAUGGCUCUCUUGGGUUCAGCAUCAUGGAAUUUGACACCUUCGUGCGGCACAAGACACCAGUCAUUGCUCUAGUGGGGAAUGAUGCCUGCUGGAGCCAGAUCUCCCGGGAGCAAGUCCCUCUACUGGGUAGCAAUGUAGCCUGUGGCCUGGAUUACCUGGAUUACCAUGUGGUGGCAGAAGGCUUAGGAGGGAAAGGUUUUCUACUCUCCUGCCAAAAUGAAGAGCAAAUGGAUGACAUCAUUAAGGCAGCACAAGCCGAAUGCAGGAAUGGACGGUCCAUCCUCCUCAAUGCUCUCAUUGGGAAAACAAACUUCCGGGAAGGCUCCAUCUCUGUGUAGGGGCUUGGCUGCUUCAACAGGACUUGGGGACUGUCCAGGUGACACAAGCUCUGCUCAUCUGAAUUGCUCCCAGAUGAAAGGAGCAGGUCAGCACAAAGGCUUUGCAUUUGUGUUGGCAUCCACCAAGGCUGCCAGGAGUGCUCUGGCUCAAUAGGGCCUCUUCUGCAAAUACCAUGCCCCCCUCCUACUUUUUAACCCAGCCGUCCUGCUACAACCUUUGUGUGUGAUUCACAGCCUUCACUGCCUUUGUAUCUUGCCUGUUUUUCAAAGGUGGCAACAGAGCUAACCUGUGUUUUUGGUGAAUCCCUUGACUGACUAUGAUGGCAAUUUCCUUCCUUUCAAUUAUAUCCUAAUACAACCCUUCCUGAUUUAA